AUGAAUAAGAAAAAAGAAGCGGUAGCAGAAGUUGAUGAAGACUUAUGUUUUGUCAAUCAAUGGGUGGAUGAAAUAUCCUGUGGUAAACCUUCUACCUUACUCACAUUCAUCGAGUCAUUUCAAUCUGAGAUGAAGUGUAAGGAUCGAAUAAGAGAAGAACGUGGAUUAAAGCGAAUUUGCUUAGUGGUAAGCAAACUUCCACAAAACUAUCCAUGGGAAUUAUCGCAAGUGGAAUUACUCAUGAAUUUCUUCUUGAUGAACUAUGACAAUUUCGAUGCUGCAAACUAUUUUAUAUUGGCAGUUCUCAAAAGACUGCUAAUGAGUGAUUUACAUUUGGCUAAUAAUUAUAUCCAGUGUCUUAUUGACACUUUGUUUGGGAAACGGCAAGUGCAAAUUUAUGCCCAGAAGGAGCGCUUUCUGUUUUAUCAAAUUUUAGAUAUAUUAUUGAACAAGUAUUCUAAAGAACUUUCAACAAACGCAUGCUUUGUUUCCUGCUUUAUAUCAUCUAUAUCCGGAGAACGGGAUCCCCGAUGUCUCAUUCUUAUUUUUCGUCUCUUUUGCACUGUAUGCAAAUAUUUUAGUUCUGGGGAUUUUCCAAGAAAUUUAUUUGAUGUUCAUGCAAGUGAUCUAUUUGAUAUUGUCGCUUGUUAUUAUCCUAUUGAGUUUAACUACAACUCAAAGGAACGAACAGAAAUUACCAAAGAACUAUUGGUUAGUGGUUGUGAAAGUUGUCUGCUUAUUGAUGAAGAGUUUGCACCUUUCGUUUUUGACUUGAUUAUUGAAAAACUUCUAGACAACGAGUAUUCCAUGGAUACGAAAUUGGAAGUUUGCUCAUUCUUGGCCAAGGCGUGUGCAGUCUUUUCAUGCUGUCAGCUUGUUGAUUAUAUUGAUCAAUUGUGCGUAGCCAUCAGAUCGAUUUUAUUCAAUUUGCCGAAAAGUAUAGAUGAUGAUGAUAUUCCAGAACCAAUCAGUGCUGCUAUUUCUUCAAUGUUGAAAGCUUUCAAAGAAAGUAGUGUUAAGGAUAAAGAGCAGCGAAUUGAAUUUGUGUGCCAAGAAUUUAUUGAUAAGGGCGAAAUAUUCGUGUUACAAACUGAGUUGGGUCUAACAGGUCGAAUGUUAGCAUUCUUUAAGAUUUUGCUCAGAUCUUGCGAAUCAUCUAUCAGAAUCGUUUUUGAGAAUGUCUUCUCAUGGCUCUUAUCACUAUGCAAAGGUGAUACGACUGGUUCUACUGCUAAUAAAUCUGAUGUGGUUAACACAAGUUUAAAGUUAUUGUGUGAAUGGAUUGAUAUAGCUAGUGAAUUUGGACAAACUGCACUCUUGCGGAAGUACCAUGUUUCACUUGUUGAGAUGCUUGACAAAUAUGACCGAGAAAUCGCUCAACUCACGCGUUACAAAUUACUGAAGGUUUGCAUCAACUUACAUGUGCACACAAAUGGACUAUCAGAGAAGUGCAAAAUUUACUUACGAAAAAGCUUCGAUUUUGUUUUUAGUCUGAAUAAAGAGCUGAGGAAUAGCUGUCUGUUAUUUGUCCGCGCUUUUGCGGUAGCUAAUUGGACAAUUGUGAAAAACUUGUUUAUUGACGAAAUCGAUAAAAACAAAGAAAUACUUCAUCUAACUCCACUGCUUUGGUCUCUUAUUCAUAAUACGGAUAGUCUCAAUUUUGCUUUAUCAUAUCUUGGAUCUUUAUUUCCGUCAACAUCAGCUUACUCAGAUGAUUUCCAAGAAAUUUUCCUUGAAAUGUUCAAAAAUAACAAAUCAGAAAGUAUGGCAUUACAAGAAACAUUGCUGAAACAGAGUUUGGCUUGUUUCUUUACAAGACUUGAGCUCGGAGUGGAAUCAACACGAGAUUUAGAAGCGCAGUCGAAAUUACUGCAACAAAUUGGACUAAUAAUUAAUGAGCGGACACAUUUUGAAGGCUUUCGUUUGAUCCGUAAAAAGCUAGAAAAUUGUUCAAGCUUGUUGCCAGGCUUAUAUCUAUACAUUAUCCAAUCGCCGUACAACGAUGAACUUCUGAACUUUUUGACACAAUUAGUUUCCGUAGAUCAAAAUUUCACCUGGUAUAAAUCAUUGGUUAUGGCUGCAGUAGUUAACAAAUCGCCAAAUUAUGUAGAAACGCUUAACUAUGUGGAAAAAAUUCGAAAAAGUUUUGAAUUUUUGGACAGUUUCAAAUGUAAGGCACGGUUAUGCGCUGCGCUUCUUCUGAUCGAUCGUCCUGAAGGAUCUACUUACUUUGCUGCACUUCUUUGUGAUCUUGUUCAGUACUUCCAUUCAGAACGUAUCGCUGUGUUAACAGAUGCGUUGGUAGAUAUGCUAAUUUUCGAUACUUGUUAUUCUGAUCCGGCAAAAUGCAAAUACCGAACAACAUUCUUGUGGCAGCAAAGAAUAUUUUGUCAGUUGGUUCCUAUCUAUGUCCAAUAUUUCGACGAUUUAAGCAAAGAAUCCCAGGACAAACGGAUUGUUUUGUUUCCUUUAUUAUCGCCGCUUUUUACUCUUGCCGCAUCAUCGACAGCUGUCAUGAACGAUAAAUAUGUAGAGUUAUUGCCCGUACUUUGUGCUGCUCUGGAUACAUCAGGAUUAGAUUUGCGUUUGGAAGAACAGAUCAUUUCCAGUUUGGCAGCAUUACUGAAAAAUGCAACCGCUGAGCAGCUUGGUCAUGAUCUCUUGUUAAAAGUGUUACCACGGCUGCAACAUUGUCUUGAGAAUAGCAAAGAUAUGAUGGUACACAUAGCAGCGUUGGAUUGUUUACAACUGAUAGCACAGCGAUGGCCUUCUGCAUCAUUACUUCCCUUCUACGGUCCCAUUGUUGGAAGUUUAACUAAAGUUUCUGGAUCUCAAAAGCGGAUUGUCCGAACAGCAGUUGCAAAUGUCAGGAAUUUAUGGUAA